UCUUAAAUAGUUACAAUCACCCAAUAAUGCCGGAACAUUCACUUUUUUAAAAAAGGGGUUCGUUAACUUAUAAAAAAAUAUUAUUUUCCUCCGUAUUGUUUAAAGCUGCAGUCUGCAUUGAAAAUACAUUUUUAAUCGAGAAAAACUUGUGCAAACUAUUGACUGUAAAAAUUAUAAUUUUCUUAUCUCUUAUUACUAUGCGAGUUCAUAUGUUUACCGAGAAAAAGUGUUUCUCUAAAUAAUUCAGAAAUUUAUACAAGAAGGAAUUACGAAUUAUUAGAAAUUAUUAGAUUUAAUCGUUGCUCGUGCAGAACCGCAAGUAAUAAAAAAAUGACGUAAGAUGCUACAACAUCAAACUUGAUAUCGCCUGCGUUAAAACAAUUGUGAUUGUAAGUUCAACAGUGAUUUUUGAUAUCAUAAGUGCGGAGUAUGAGUUCGAGAAAUGUUAUGGAGAAGAUCAACAGAACAGAAAAAAUUGUUCUUCAAAUCUUAUACGAGAUUAAAAAAGGUCCUAUGAAGCGAAAACUAAAAGAAACAGAAAGAAAUGUUCCAAUUUAAUAUUCGUAAUUUGACCUAAAAAAUGUGACGGAAAACGAAGUGUCAAACGAUGCAAAAUGGAAAGUGAUGGUAAUCUCAGAAUGUUACAACGUCUGGAUAUGGACAACUAUGUAAAUGAAACACACUACAACGAAACUAUUUUCAACGCCAAUUCAACUGUAAACGAAGAUUAUAUUUUCGACAGAAUUGAAGUCAAAGUUAUUUUCAUAACACUCUACUCAAUUGUCUUCAUUUGCUGCUUUUUUGGGAACCUGAUGGUGAUUCUCGUGGUGACAUUCUCUCGACGAUUGCGAGGUAUCACAAACUUCUUCCUAGCAAAUUUGGCCGUAGCUGACUUUUGCGUUGGAUUGUUUUGCGUCUACCAGACCCUAACAAACUAUCUUAUGAACAGCUGGCAGUUGGGAAAUUUUUUUUGCAAGGUCUACAUGUUCGUCCAAUCACUAUCGUACACAGCGAGUAUCAUGAUCCUCGUAGUGGUUUGCACCGAAAGAUACUUGGCAAUAGUUCAUCCCAUAAAAUGCAGAUCACUGCUGACUCGAAAUAGAUUAAGGGUCGUUAUUGGAAUCGUAUGGUUAUUGGCGGCAGUAUAUGCUUCGCCGAGGUUUAUAUAUGUCGAAACGAUAAACCAUCAAUUGGACACAGGCGAUAUCGAUGUGAUAUGUAUAGCCAAUUUUAAAAAACACAACAAAACCGUACUUGACGCCGUCAAUUUAAUCUUACUCUACCUCUUUCCACUUUUCCUGAUGUGCUGUUUAUAUACGAGAAUAGCUGUUCGGCUUUGGAAAAGCGGUGCGGCACUGGGUGGGCCAGGUCUUGUGAUCAGCAGGACGAGAAAUGGACGUGUUCAUCAUAUCCACACUUCUAGUAGAAAUGUCCUUCGAGCCAGACGAGGUGUUAUAAGAAUGCUUAUAGCCGUGGUAGUAACAUUUGCAGUUUGUAAUUUACCACAACAAAUUCGAAUAGCCUGGCUACAUUGGGAUCCAAAUUACAACAGAACGACCGACUUCAGCACAAUCCUCACAGUCUCGACAUUUUUGAUAUCUUACAUGAACUCUUGUCUCAAUCCUCUGCUUUACGCUUUUCUAUCUAGAAACUUCCGGAAAGGAAUGCGAGAACUCUUGAAAUGUAGUUCUCGAGAAAUCGGUACAGGAUGCACUAAAUCUUCGUAGUUUAUAAUAUAAAUAUGUAUAUUUAAAAAGAAUCCAAUUUUUGAUGCGACAAACAA